AUGUCAGGCUCCGAGAGUCCAGAGAACUCUGAGCUAGUCUCUGCAAUCCAAGACCAGGUGGAAGAAUGGUCGACCAGCAGUAACGAUGCGCUUCGCAUCUCGAUAUACCGCGGUGAUGAGGUCGUCUCAGAAUUUGGACCACUUUGCACGUAUCCCAUGUUCGGCGAGGAAGAAGUCAUCUUUGGCUACCAAGGACUAGACAUGUCAUUGUCUUUGGCUGCACACAACAUGAGGCCGCAUAUGGACAUCUCCUGGGACAAACAGUUUACCCAGCUGGGCGACAUCAAGGCAUCUGACAUCCGUGGUGCCCUCGAAGACUUUAUCCCCGAAUCCGCCUUCGCAACAAAAUCACGAGCCGAAGCUCUCACCGACCCAAAAGCCGCAUCAUUCACACCACCAGGCACACUUCUGCAUUCCUACACACACGAGGGCCGCAAGUUCGAAGUCUGGAAGGCCGCUUUGUCCGACGAUGGAGCCAGAGAAAUCAUGGAGAAUGUCCAGAUCCUGGUACCUAUGUUUAUCGAAGGCGGCACUAUUCUUGCGCUAGACGAAUCUUGGGUCGCAAACCGCUGGACGCUCUUCAUGCUUUAUCAGGUCGACCAAAAGCAGGCAGACACGUCACCAUACAUCCUUGUUGGAUUCUCGACAUCUUACCGCGUAUUCACAUUACCUGACCGUCGGGACCCCGCAAAGCACGAUCUUGCUCUCCUCCAACACGAAGAAUCAGACAUGGACGCAAUACUUCGCCGAUGGAACUCUGAGACUAAUGGCGAGGACAAUGACGUGGUCAAGACUCCCCUGCAACUACCCAGCCGCGAGCGUAUCUCACAAUUCUUGAUCAUACCAUCCCAUCAAGGAUCUGGACAUGGCGCUCGGCUCUACAAUACCGUCUUCGAAAGCCUCAUCACCCCUGAUAACAUCUGCGAAUUGACCGUCGAAGACCCCAACGAAGCUUUCGAUGAUAUGCGUGAUGUUUGUGACCUGCUCUGGCUUCGCAACAACAACGAGGAUUUCGCAUCAAUCAAGAUUGAGACUCAAAUCGACAGCGCAAAGCUCAAGAUGAAUGCGAACAUUCCUGUGGACGAUAUUGUCUCAGGCGAUGCCAAGGCUCGCAUCAAGAAGGCUAGCAAGAUCAUGCCUCGUCAACUAGGAAGGCUGAUCGAGAUGGAGACAUACUCAAAGAUACCCAAAAUGAACCGCUCAGUGAACAGAAUCUCAAGGAAGGAGAAGAGCCCCAACGAGAUGGAUCGGGCUUACUUCUUCUGGCGGCUGUAUGUCAAACAGCGUCUCUACAUCUCUAACCGCGACGUACUUGCACAAUUGGACCGCGAAGAGCGCGCUGAGAGACUAGAAGCAACCAUCGAGAACAUUCAGGUCGAUUACGACCGCCUUCUUGAACUUGCAAGAAAGCGCGCUUCCUUAUUCGACAAGCAGACUGCAAGCGGCACUGCCGGCUUGAAGCGCAAGAAGAAGGUUGUUGUCGAAUCCGAUGAAGGAGAGGAUGCUGGCGCUGAAGCACCCUUAUCUUCCAAGAAGAAGAGAAAGACCACCUAG